GUGUAAUUCUCACUCCAGUGUAGCAGGUGGCAAUGUUGAGUUAUAAAGCAUCAGAAUGGUUAAACAUCAACAAUACGAGCAAAAUCCUCUCACCGAAAACCAAUCCUGUCAGUCAUUCACUCACCCAUCUAUCAGAAAUCUUUGCGGUCUAUGGUUUUUAAACGUCUUGAGUCCAUGAUAGGACUAUGCUGUCGGACUCGGAGGGUCCAUUAUGGAGAAAGGUUCCGUCUUUCACCGGUCCUGUUCCCAGGGCACGACACGGCCAUCGAGCUGUGGCUAUUCGAGAGCUAAUUGUAGUGUUUGGAGGAGGAAACGAGGGUAUUUCGGAGGACCUGCAUGUUUACAACACUGUGUCCAGGCAAUGGUUUCUUCCAGCGGUCAGGGGAGACAUCCCUCCUGGCUGCGCUGCCCAUGGUUUUGCAUGUGAAGGGACCCGUAUCCUGGUGUUUGGUGGCAUGGUGGAGUUUGGCAAAUACAGCAACAAUCUCUACGAGCUACAGGCAAGUCGCUGGCUGUGGAAGAAAUUAAAACCCCGAGGCCCGAAGAAUGCGUCCCCUCCCUGCCCUCGCAUCGGUCACAGUUUCACCCUCAUCGGAAACAAAUGCUACCUAUUUGGGGGUCUGGCCAAUGACAGUGAAGAUCCUAACGGCAAUGUACUAAGGUACCUGGAUGACUUUUAUGAGCUGGAGCUGCAGGCUGUAUCAGGGGUCAAGGGUUGGAGUAUUCCGGACACGAAAGGUGGGGGUCCCUCCGCCCGUGAGUCCCACACGUCAGUGGCCUACUGCAAGCCCGGUCACAGCCCCAAGCUCUACAUCUUCGGAGGCAUGUGUGGCCAUCGGCUUGGUGAUUUGUGGCAACUGGAUAUUGAAACCAUGACGUGGUCCACUCCGGAAAUGAGAGGACAGUGCCCCAUAGCCAGAAGCCUCCAUUCAGCCAACGUCAUAGGAAACAAGAUGUAUGUGUUUGGAGGCUGGGUCCCGGUGGUGGAGUCAGAGAACAAACCCAACGCCCUUGGUGUGGAGUGGAUCUGUACUAACUCUCUAUCAUUGUUGAAUCUGGACACCAUGAUGUGGCAGCGUCUGGGCCCAGAGCAGGAGCAGCAAGAGCAGGAGCAGCAGGCUCCGGACGAGGGUCCCACCACCGUCCCCAGAGCUCGGGCAGGCCACUGCGCCGCCGCCAUCGGCUCUCGACUCUACAUCUGGAGCGGCCGCGACGGCUACCGCAAGAGCUGGAACAUCCAGGUCUGCUGCAAGGACCUCUGGUACUUGGAGACGGAGAGGCCCACCACCCCGUGCGCAGUGCUGUUGGUCAAAUCUACCAUCUCCAUGUUACAUGUGUCUUGGCGCCCCCUGCCUGCAGCAGAGUGUUACCUCCUCCAGCUGCAGCCGCUCCGGCCCCCCCACGCCCCGCCGCCGUAUCCCUCUGACCCCUCCGUCGACCCCCAGGAGCAGUCCACGGAGGUCGUGGAAGAGGGAAGCUCACAAGUCCAUCUCUCAGAUAAUCCUUUUGGUCAGAGCCGUGACGGCCUGAGUGGAAAGAUGUCAUCUGGAAAAAAAAUGACCUCACCACUGAAGGGAGGAGGUGUUGUGGAGACCCCCGUGGAGAUUUGUGAGAGCGGGUCAGAGCCGCCGAUGGAUCCCCAUCACACGAAGGAGAGGAGUGGAAGAGGACUACAAUCAGAACCCUACUCUACAUUGUACCCAGGGAGUUCCAUGGAUCACCUGAGCCAGACUCCAGCUGAAGAGGAGAGCCUGGAGGAGCCUGUCUGGUUUGAUGUGGGCGUCUUUAGGACUCUAUUCGCUGAGGUCACCGAGUACUACCUGCCUCCCGAGGGAGAAGAAGCACUACCCCCUCCGUACCAUUUCACCAGCUCCAAAGAGGUCAAACAGUGGAUACACGAGUGCUACGAGGGCAGGGAGAAACACUCUCUAGAGCCAGGUGUCACUUACAGGUUCAGAGUAUCCGCCAUCAACAGCCUCGGCCAGGGAGACUUCAGUGCUGUGAGCGAGUACAAGACCUGCCAGCCUGGCUUCCCUGGAGCGCCCUCUGCUGUCAAGAUCAGCAAGGUGUCUGAAAACGUGCACAUCAGCUGGGAGUCGCCCACCUCUCCGUCGGGGAAGAUCCUGGAGUACAGCAUGUACUUGGCCGUGCGGAAGAGCCGUGGGGGCUCCAGCAGCGUUGCUGCUACCACCACGGCCGGCACGGCCAGCGGCGACAUGGCCUUCAUCCGCAUCUACCGCGGCACCAAGACCUCCUGCACGGUCAGCCCGUCGAACCUCAGCAACGCCCACAUCGACUGCUCGGCGCGGCCGGCUGUGGUCUUCCGCAUCGCCGCCAAGAACGAGCAGGGCUACGGCCCCGCCACACAGAUCCGCUGGCUGCAGGAUACGAGCAAACUUAAAGCCUCUUCCACUGAAUCCAAAGCAAACUCCGGAGAGGCGGACCAGGAAAGCAAAAAAAGAUAGAGUAACCCCAAAUACUAACCACUGGGCUGAUCUCAUCAGAUGGGUUUGAAAUAAGUACUCCAUCGGAUGCCUUUGUAAAGUCACUCAACACAGGGUUUCUAUUGUAGCACAAUGCCUGGCCUUAGAACACAUGUUUAUGUGAGACAAAUGUCAAUCCUGCCAUUUUUUUCUAAAUCCAUGAGAUAUAUACUGACUGUAAAAUACUACAUAAGUGGAGUCACGAUUUUCCCUCUGGCCACUACAAAUGUAGGAGUAAAUAUUGUUUUUCGAUUCUUUUUAAUGAAUGCCUUUUGUUCUUGUACAUAUGUAUUUAUACUCUUCUUUUUUUAAACAAAAAACAAAACCCAGUUUUUAUGUGUUUUAUUUUAUGUCAUGAAUCCUUCUCUGAGGACGAGGCCAGGUUCUUUUCGUAAUAUGGAUAUGGAGUUACUACAGCAGCUGGGUUUCAAGUGCCUUGAAGUGCCGAAGGGGCCACUCUUGGGUCACUUAUUUUGACUGGUGCUUUUGAUUUAAGUGUUUCACUGGUUUUCGACUUAGUCAAAAAGAGACAAAGAUUGUUACUUGGCAUUAAAAUAUGUCUACAUUUCACUGGAGGUAUGCAAUCCUGAUGAGUGUUUGGUCAAGAUGAUGGUUGAUGAUACUAUAUUAAUAAAGCACUUAUUUAUUGUGUA